CUCGGCGGUGACAAAGGAUCUGUUAUUUUUCUCUGGUAAAAAUUUAGUGUUACAGGACCGCUGAUAACAGUCACUGAACCGGACAGAAGUGAGGAUAACACAUGGGAGCCUCAAGACAACCUGGACGGCCCCGACCAUAUCGCAGAGUACAUGCAGAAACACAAGGAGGAGGAGGAGAAAAAGGAGGGCAAGAGGAAAGUUGUCAGUGAGACCUCGGGAGACUCAGAGGAGCGAGGGAGCAAGAGGAAGAAGGAGGAGGAGCCCUCAGCAGACGUCAAGCUGGCGACCGUAGGAGCAAAGAAGGACAAGAAGGCUGAGGAGGAGGAGGAGCAGCCUGCAGCAUUGAAGGAGGAGGAGGAAGAGGAGGAGGUGCAGCCUGCAGCAGUGAAGGAGGAAGAGGAGGAGUAUGAGGUGGAGAAGAUUUUGGACCACAGAGUGGUAAAUGGAAGAGUAGAGUUUCUGCUGAAAUGGAAGGGGUUCUCAGAUGAGGAUAACACAUGGGAGCCUCAAGACAACCUGGACGGCCCCGACCAUAUCGCAGAGUACAUGCAGAAACACAAGGAGAAGGAGGAGAAAAAGAAGGACGGCAAGAGGAAAGUUGUGAGUGAGACCUCGGGAGACUCAGAGGAGCGAGGGAGCAAGAGGAAGAAGGAGGAGGUGAGAGAAGGAAAGAGGUUACUCCAGACUGAAGAGUCCCAGAAAUCUAAUCUCAAUAUUAAUGAAUGCACACAGAGGGUUUCACAAAUGUCUUUUAGGAUUUAUAUAGAAAUGACUCUCCACAUUGCAAUAUACACAUGCAUAUACAUACAUGCAAAAUAGUAGAGGUGCAAUGGAUCACCAAACUCACGGUUCAGUUUGGAUCACGGUUUUGAGUCACAGAUCGGAUACAUUUUUCAGAUCAGCACAAAAAGGGAGGAAUUUAAAUGAUUUAUUAAAAAUGUAAUAAUAACAUAACAAUAAUAACUUAUUUCACCAGUAAAUUGCUGUAAAACAACAAAAACAGAUGAGAAAAGGGUAUUUUACAAUAACUUUGAAUGCACUACAAGGUUUACCUGUUUCAAGUUAAUGCAGUAUUUACGAUAUAUGGUGCAGCCCUAGCUCCAACUGUUAAUUU